AUGCCUCUCUUCGCGUGUCUCGAGUGCAAUACAGGUUUCAAUUCUCGUCAGGCAUUCUCAACUCAUAUCGACUCGUGCUCUGCCUCAGUGGAUGUGCUGUACAAUGGGUGUAUUAUAGUAGUGAACCGCGAGAUGGGUGGAUUCCGCUGCUGCUGCACUGUGACUACCUGUCCACAGUAUUUCUCUACUUCACGCUCUCUCAAGGUCCACGCUCAAGUCACUGGAGCCAGUUGGCGUCGUGAGGGGGCCGUCGAGGACCCAAUGCCCAUGGAUAUCGACAGACAGGAACGCACAAGCCAUCUCCAAAUACCCAUUAACUCUGACAUCCGCGCAAAUGUUCUGCUUUCGCAAAGUGAUCAACUCAGUGAAGAGGAUGGAGACAAAGAUCCGCCAUCAUUGAGUCAGGCUGAUUUUCUGGGAACGCGCACGGAUGACGAAUAUUAUGCUCUUGUUGAAGACCCGGACUUGCUGCCUUUAGGGAUUUACAUCCAGCCUGUACUGCGGACGUGCAUCUGUCUGUCCUGCCAGAUUGCGUUGACGCACAAAACUCUUGCAAGUCAUUUACACCUGGAACAUAAGCAUGUCCGGAAGUCGAUAUCUACUGAGAUGCUAGCACGUGUCGCUGCAAAAUACGAGCUUUUAACGUGUCUCCCAGUCGUCGAAGGACCCAUUCCACAACUCGACGGGCUGGCUGUUCUGGCACGGGCCAAAUGCCCUUCCUGCGAUAAGAUUUAUGCACCAACCAGCAUGCGAGCGCAUUACUAUCGCAACCACCACUCGCUAUCCGCACCAAAGACCAGCACUCUCGAGAUCGUCUCUGCGCAGCAGCUCAACAAGGGCAAUAACUCAGCCCUCUUCGAGGUGUUUCCUCGAUCCCCUCCCCCACAGCUUAACUCGAACGAAUCUAUCAUCAAGCGCCUCCGCGAGGAGCGUGAUGCAGCCGUCUAUGGAUACCGCCCACCCAAUCUCGACGCUCGUGUGGUCAGUCCGUGGCUCUUGGCUACGCAGUGGCAUGAACACGUUCAAGAGUUCGACAUUGAGGAGCUGCGCGAGCUGGUUGCCGGUGUGCCCCGCACCCGGGAUCACCUCUCAAACCUACGGCCUGCGCUCCUUUUAUUCUUUCAUUCGGCCUGGGAUUUGAUCCCUACCAUCGACCUUCUGGUGCUCCAGAGGCUUAACACCAACGACCCGGUGAAGGAUGGAAUUAACAAUGCUCCCUUCAAGCGCCACCAGCUGGAUCAGACGCUCGAGGAAUAUAGCAACACGUGCGCACGCCUUCUUGCUAUGCUUCUGCGUCCGAAGAGCACCUAUGAGAUCCCCCUUCCUCAAAGCAUCGAAGCCGCUCUGGCAACACUAUCCAGCGCGCUCGAUGCGGAUGACAUCUCACAUACAUCAGAUGCUGUUUACCGUCUUCUCUACCGCCUCUGGACGUGCACGUGGAGCAAAACGGAAGCCAACACCCUUGGUGAUCCUACGAUGUGUUUUCUUGCUCUCUCGGCCUUGAAGAGUGAUGGCACGUUUGCAAACCCCGAGCUCACUACCCAUCUUAUUGCCCAUCUGGAAUAUUGCAUGCGUCUCGUCUACCUGUACAGCAUCGAGUCGACCCGAGUGAACGAGAAGGUUACACCUCAGGCUGCAUGUGACAAGUAUGCGAUCUGGUUCACGGAGAAGCGCGAGUCGACAUUCAACUCCCUGAGAUCGCUCAUGCACCUUGCAGCGGGGUUCAUUUUCAACGAGGUCUCUAUGCUGCGAAUCGCAUGGGUAGACAGAGACACCUUCAGAACAAUGAGGUACUAUGGCGAUCUAGUGUCUUUCGAUGACUUCCACACCAUGUUUUCCAGAAUGGAGAAGGACGCGAUAGAGAUGUGGGAAGGAGGUGUUCUAAUGGGACUCACACUGUCAGUGCGGUAUGGCCCUCUGGCCGACGAUCUCUCGAAUACCUCAUAUGGGUAUUCCUUUCUCUCAGAUGCCCGCAACAAAUGCUUUUCCAAGCGAGAUACCCUCAUGAACGCUAUCCUUGGAGAUCCCACCCUCCGGGCUGAGUUCAUCCACCAUGACAGCAACGAGGAUGGAUCGCCUCGGUGGAAUCGCAUAAGGCUGCAGCAGUGGAUGUAUACCUACUCCUUAUUUGACGGUCUCAUCCUCAGCAGCGUCGAAAUGAAGUCUGGUUCACCGGGACGUGGCACAGAACUAACCUCUGUGGAGACGCGGAACACACGUACGCGGAAACGGGGCCUCUACAUGAUCGGAAAUCAUCUUGCCCUAGUCCGCCAGUACCACAAAUCUGGAUCGAUAACAGGCAAGGACAAGAUCAUCCCCCAGUCUCUAGACGCUGUUACGAGCGAUCUUAUCAUCCAGAAUCUAUCCAUUGCUCGCCCGUUUGCUGAGCUUGCUGCAUACAUUUGCCAUCCUGACGAUCACAAUAUCCAAGGUCGAUACAACAGCUGUCUUUUCAUCAACAACAAGGAACUGUUCACCACCCAGCAGCUCACCGAACUCAUGAAGAAGUUCACGCGUCGUGAAUGCGAUGUCCCCCUUGGAGUACACGAUUGGCGUCACGUCUCUACCGCAUUUCGAAGAAAGAUAUGCCCGGCACUCGAACAACUUGUGGAAAAGGACAGCGAAGAUACAAUCGGUGCUCUACAGGCAGGACACUCCCGCCGAACGGAGAAUAAAAUAUAUGGCAUCAGCACAGAUCGUCUCGUAGGUCCGGCUGAAGAUAUACUCCCACUGUUCCUUGACGCAAGUACUGACUGGCAAGUCGCCAACAAGAUAACACCUGGAGGGCAUCUAUUACCGUACCGCGAGGCGAUUGCCGAACGAUUCCCAGAGCUCGCACAGCAAGGGCGCAUCAAGUCGCACUUUACAGGUCCACACGCAAGAACUGAGAAACUCGUCAAGGAAGUGAGUGAGGCAUUCGAAGAGAAGCUCUCUGCCCAUUCGAAGGAGCUCAUUGUGAUGCUGCGGCCCAUGUUGAAAGAGAUGGUUGAACAAGCCGUAAAGGAAGCUAUGCAGACUGCUCAAGCACCAACGGCAACCUUCAAGAGUCCUCCUCUACCUCGACGGCUGUCCCUGUCUGAGCAAGCAAACCUCAUACCCCGACAGGGAUCUGUGUAUGGCACUCCCCUAGCCAAGCCGCUCAGUCAGGACGCAGGCCGUAGCAGCUUUUCAGAUCUACAGCGUCCUAUAGUAUCACCACCGCGACCAGCACGCGCUCAUCCCCCGAUAUCGGAGGACCUGCAGACGGAGGAAGACGAUAAUGUUAAUAUGGAUGCUCCUUACAAUGAACACAUGUCCGAGCAAAUGACUGCGAGUUUGAUACUGGGCGUUGACCCACAGCCAUCUAACGAUCUACCUGCAAGCUUCUACACCGACAGAGGCAAGAGGCUUGUCAAUGUUUUGUCUGACAAGUCUCAUUUUAAACGACAUUCUCUAGAGCCCAUGAACACAGGAAAUGUCAAGAUGCAUGCUACUCGCAAUGAAGACCGACCACAGUCACACUCUGGUCCAAUGCCUCGGGAAGCUCUUUCCUCUUCUCGUGGUACAAUUGCGAGAAGCCAAGUCGAUUUCUCGAUUCCUGCCUCAGUGGAUCCUACGCGGGAGAUGGACGCUCUGCGUCUUCUACAAAAACUAACCAAGAAACCAUUAGCAACCUGGAACUCACCCGAGCAAUGGCUGGGGAUUCAACACAUCCUCGCUCGUCAGAACGACCUUCUUAUCAUCAUGGCAACAGGAUCAGGAAAGACCAUGGUCGCGCUCAUUCCUACUCUACUUGACCAGAGUGUGUCAGUGUUCGUUCUCCCUCUCAACUCUCUUAUCAUGGACUAUCGACGUCGCCUUGAUGGCAUGGGAGUCCAAUACGAUCAAUACGACAGCAGCACCAGGUCUCUCCGGCAGGACGUCAAUGUUGUCCUCGUUUCAGCAGAUUAUGCAGUCACCGAUCGGUGGAAGCAAGCUAUCACAAAUCUGAAUGACGCCCACACAGUCUCCCGUCUGUUCUUUGACGAGGCCCAUAUUCCUCUCAGUGGGCAGGACUAUCGUCGAGCCCUCACCAAUCUCCCACGUCUCCGUCAUUUAGGCGUCCAAAUUGUGCUGCUUUCUGGAUCUGUACCACCAGGUUCAGAGAUGUACCUUUCCGACCUCUUCGGCCUCCAUCCUACAUGCCGUCUCACCUUGCGCACCCUUACCGAUCGCUCCGAGCUUAUGUACGUACGUCUUCCACGCCAGGAGAAGUUCAGAGACGCCGCCGCACUACUAGAGCGCUACUUGAACCCGAUGCUCGACGACAGUGAACCAGAGGACCGAUUCCUGAUCUUUGUGCCACUGAAAGUCGUUGGUGAAGACCUCAAGAAACGUUUAGGAUGUGACUUUUAUAACGGAGACCUGAGAGACCCGCGAGAGCGUACAGCAAUUUACAAUCGGUGGUGGAAUGGGGAGCAUCCAGUCCUCAUCGCAACUCAGGCAUUGGGAGCUGGAAACGACUAUCAGCACGUCCGCGCUGUCUUCCAUAUGGGAUCGCCUCGAGAGAUGAUGAACUAUAUUCAGGAGGUAUCUCGAGCAGGUCGCGAUGGACGGCCAGCUAAGUGCUAUUGCAUUCCCAUGGCCCAUUUCAAAGCUCCGGAUGGUGGCCUGUCUGACCAUGUAGGGGCUCGGGCUAUGUGGGACUUCCUUUGGGCAUGCGAAGACUGUUCGCGGUUCGCCAUUACUCACUAUGCGGAUGGCAUAGGUACCUAUUGCAGCGAUGUUGAACAUUCUGAACUCUGUUCACGUUGCUCUCUUGUCAAGAGCAUGAAUGCCACCUUGCAAUAUUCAUUAGGAGGCCCCCCCUCUCAUCAUCCUUGGCCAACCGUUGUCAUUCCCGUUCUCGAGGACCGUCAGAUUCCAGGAACAAACAAGCGCAAAGCGCCUUCCGGUCCACCUGUAGAUCCAUUCACAGAGCAAGUCCUUCGUGCAAAACGCGACAGAUUUGACAAAGACGAGGCCCUCGAGUCAUAUGUCUUGAGGUUCAAGAAUACGCUAACCAUGCUCUGUCAGCCUUGCGCAUAUUGCCGCAUUAUCGGCGAAGGCAGAACCUCUCACGACCUCAGACAUUGUGGCCCAAUGCACGCAGUGUGGAACGACUACAAGGCAUUCCAAAGAGAGAUCACGUAUGCCGUCGGUAACCUCCAUCGCGGGGUCUGCUUUACCUGCCAUGUUCCCCAAUGCAACGAUCGUCUCCACAAACCAUUCCGUUCUGUUGAAGGGAGCGAGUGCGAGUGGCCUGAUAUCUUGUGUCCAACAGCAUAUGGCAUCUUCCGUUCGAGCAAUCUUCGUGUGGACGCCGAGAUUUAUUUUGACGUUGAAUGGGAGACACGCAGAGACUUUACCGCGUGGCUCAGCGGGAAGCCAGUUCCAGGGCAGGAAACUAAUAUGUCUGCUCUUUUCUUAUGUGUCGCAGUGUUAUGCGCAAGCAAGAAGUUCAUGUCGUCGGUGCUUUAG